GAUGCUGCUGUGCAAUUGACCAUAAAAUGACUGAUAUAAAUGUGACAUCCCAUGUGAAAUAGACAGUGAAAUAUGUGACUGUUACCAGUUGAACUGGACUGAAAUAUGUGACUGUCACGUUUCAGUAGGGAGGCAUUCUCCACUUUGAAAUGUCUUGUGCAAUACAUUCUCUCAGCAUCCGUUCAGCGGCAGAAGAAAUAUGCCCGCGGAGUCACGGUCAGUGCAGAUAAAACUGGAAGAGACGGAACAUGGCCAAGAUGAGGCGGUCAAGGGAGGUAAAUCUGCAGACUUAACCAAGGGAGAUAAGUCCGAUCCGACUGAACCCUCCGAAGUGGAACCGUCUGUUGCUGGGAGUGAAAAUGAGACGAAUGAUGUGGCUGCGUCCGUCGAUGUCAAUGGGAAAUCGAUAAGUCCUGCCAAUGUGUUGGAAAAUGUUGAUGGAAAACCCACUGUUGAUGCAACUGAUAAGUCAGCUGAUGAGGUUUCAUCAACAUCAACAUUUACAUCUAAUGGAAAUUCACAGGUCGCGACAACCCAGCAGGCAUUGGUUAUCCCCCAACCAUAUCUCCACUUCCUGCAGCAGACGAUGUUCCAGUCGCAACUACUACAGCAGCAUCAGAGCAUCAUCAAUUCCGUGGACAUGACUGCGCGUCUAGCGGAACAGGCCGAUGAAGUGCAGCAUGGCGAGACGGCGUUCCCACAUCGUGAGCCGGGCCAGCAGCAUGGCAGCGCGGAGGCGAGCGGGGCGGAAAUGUUGUCCGACGACAGCAUGGAGUUCGAGGAUGGCCUCUUCACCGACGACGAACUCGAGGACAUGAUGAAACGGAAAAACGAUGGGCGAAUCAGACACUCAGCGAUGCCAAUUUCUGUUGUAGGUGGUCGGAACGUGAACCAGUACGGCCGGGAGUUCACUAACGGGCGGCCGCUGCCCGACCACCUGCGCGUCCAGAUCCUUCAGCUGGCCUUACAGGGCAUCCGACCGUGUGAGAUCAGCAGACAGCUGCAGGUGUCGCACGGCUGUGUCAGCAAGAUCCUCAACAGAUACCGUAAAACUGGCAGUAUUAAUCCAGGACAGAUUGGUGGCAGUAAGCCGAAGGUGACAACCCCCGAUGUUGUUACUAGAGUUCGACAGUACAAAGCCGAGAAUCCACAGAUGUUUGCGUGGGAAAUCCGACACAAGCUCAUACAAGAUGGUAUUUGCACUGAGAAAAGCAUUCCCAGCAUUAGCUCCAUCAACCGCAUCAUCCGUGACAAGGCCAUGCUGCAUCGGCGAGGCUUCAACUGCAGCUUUGAUGACGAGACGGCGAUUAGCGAGGAUUACACAAUGGAUCCGGAGGCGAUGCAGCAGCUGAUGGCUCAGAUGAGUGCCGCAGGGACCCUCCCACGCUUGACGGGCAGUCCCAAGGACUGCAAGGAAGAAAGUGCCGGCAGCCAGCGGUCCAGCUGUGCUGGGUUUGUCUCUCACUCUGCGGAUGGACUGCCGUCCGCAUCCAGGUCUCCACACUCCCCACCAGCAGACACCACGUCACCGUCAGCAUUGUCACAGUCAGCAUCGGCGUUACCUACAGUAUCAGCAACCACAGCCACAGCAUCUAUUGCAGCAACACCUCCAGUGUCUUUGCCUGUGUACGCAGCAGCAGUAGCAGUAGCAUCACAGCCUGCUGCAGAUGUGGAUGUGACGGCACAUCGAUUGGAGCAGUUAGCCUAUCUAAGUCAUUUACAGUCGCAAGCUAUGAGUGCAGAGAAUUGUGUGAGUGAGAAACUUAGCUUGUCCAGUGUGGAAUCUGUCUCAGGUAGUCGGUCAUCCCCAAACAAGGAUUCGGAGCUUGUCUGUAGGAAGGAAGAAAUUAAGAAAUCUCCAGACUCGUCGUCUAAAGGUUACAAUGGGAAAGGCAGGCUUCAGGCUGUCAUUUCGCAGCUGUCCCUGGCACAGGAAGGACCUGUCAUAGAUGGGGCUCCAGUGUCUAGUUCCACAAAGGAUUGCGAUAGCACGGCUUCGGUGGAAAACAGUGGUAAGCAGGAUGGGCUGUCAGCAUCUGUCGGUGUCAGUGGGAACCUAAGUCCAGCCAACAUAGCGGAGACUUUGAUGAGUUUAUCCCGUCAGCCGGACAUCUCUGCAUUGUCCCCAGUCUCAUCACAUCCCGUCAGUGUGUCAUCCACAUCCGCUGGUUCCAAGUCGCGGGCCUCUCCCGGCAAACAGUCCACCAAAUCAUCACCUCACUCGCUUGGUGCGGCCAAGUUUAAGGUCUCACGCCAUCACAUUAAGAAGGAAUUACCCAUGGAUGGGCAGAUAAAUGUGCGUCCCGUUAGUGCUAAACGUUUUGUGUCGUCCCCACACAUACCACCAGCUAGUGCUGUUGUGAACACGUUUCCCAUGGCUUAUGACAAGAUACCAAGUGUUUACGACUACACACUGCCAGAUCGCGGUCUGGGAAGUGCAACAGCUGCAGCAGCGGCAGCAGUGACGGCAGCGGCUGCAGUUAGGUUCCAGUCGAUGCCACCAUCUGGGGUGAUGAUGGGUUAUUUCCCCUUAGCCUCUCCGGGCUGGACAAUGCCCAGUCCACUUAUUGCUGGGACAGAGGCAGGGGAAAUUUCCACCGGUGGCCCAUUAGAUUUAUCAUCUGGAAAAGAGUUACUGUCAGUUAACUCAAGUGUUGUUCCGUCUGACUCUUCUAACGCCCUUGGUCAAAAGUCUGCAGCUGAAAAAGAAAUAGAAAGGCCGAUAGCUAAAAACUGUGAACCUAUGAAAGAAAAAAGCAGGCAAAAAACUAAAAUGACUUCCCGAGAGGAAACUAAUGUGCCAUCGACUAAACCAAAGUAUGCGAAAAAUGUUUUGCUCUUUGGGGAACAGGAGAUAGAGAUCAUCGCAGUGGAGAAGAACAAAUGGAUUGUUCGUAAUGAGUCAGAACUGUACAGCCUUGCACAAAAAGAGUGCGGGAAGCAUGUGAAUGAUUCUCCUCACUUUGUUAAACAGUCUGUCACCGAGGAGAGCCGACCAAACUCUUACCUGAAUCAUAGUCACAGUGCAGAACAAUCUUCCCCGCAUGACGACAACCGCUCUACCCAGUCAUCACCAUCUAACAGCCAGCCCGCGUCAUCAGCUUUACUCCGGAUGUGUCCAAACAAUACAAAAGGCAUUCCAAUCCCAGUGGUGUCUGGUAUAGUACCUGACGAUGAUGUCGUCUCAAACAAGCGAUUGUCAGAGGGUGUCAUCUCAAACAAGCGAUUGUCAGAUGGUGCCGUCUCAAACAAGCGUUUGUCGGAGGGGUCACUCUCAUUUGUGUCCAGUGCUAAAGUGGCUAAGCAGGAUGAGCAGACUGAGUGUGCGGUGGAUCCCGUGCCCGACUGUAAGCUUGGUGAGCGGUCGUCUGUGGUGAAUGCGGGCUGCCUGGCCUCACAGACACCUGCCUUGAUUCCUAUCGCUGGCCGCAUUAUACCUGCUUUAGACAGUUCCGUCGAAGAGUCACAGGACUUGGCUGUGGUCAGUGAAAACCAAGUUCAUCAAAAAUGUCCUGUCCUUCAAAAAAUGCUUAAGAAUGCAUGUACAUGAAGAUAACCUGAUUCUGUCAUCUUCAUUAUAGAGUCUUAUGUAAUGCAUUACAAAAAUGACAGAUUAAAAAAAAGUUGUGUUCUAGGCUAGAAUUUACCAAGUUCACCAUGCCUCCCACGAAUCCUGAUUCAGAGUUUACGGUUUCCCGUAUUUGUUUGUAGGGAAUAUUGCUUCACACAGCUCAUGUUUGUAGAUGAUCAUAACCAUGUCUUUUAAGUUGUAAAAUCAUGAUGUGUUUUUAUCAGCUGUCAAAAUGUUGAUUAAUGCAGUUCAAUGUGUUUUUUACGACACUUCCUUUCAGUAUCUUAGUGUUGUGGAAUAUAAUAUUUUAAUUACAUUCAUUAUUGUGAGAUUUGUCAACUAUCAUAAUGUAUCCAUGAUUACAUUUCUGUUUUUUAAAUCCAAUUGAAAUCCAGUGUUAAUAUUGUGAUACAGAUGUAUGUGGUUUAAGAUACUGCCAUCAGUUAUACUGAAAACUAUGUUUAUGUCUUAGUACAAUGUUUUUUUUAUUGGUUUCGUUUGUGUAUUUUUUAUUCUUAGCUUCUCGUCUCUGCAGUGUGUUUCAUGAAUGGUUACUGAAUAACUUUUUAAACAGUUGCCAACUAGAAAUAGUUUUCUGUAUAUGUUGUUUUGGGGUUUUUUUGUGUUGGUUACACCAGGUUCCUCCACUAUGUGUACUUUUUAUUAUAUUAGGUUUAUCAUCAUUGUCAUUUAGCACAAAAAAAAAGGAAUUGUCUAUUUAAAAAUUAUUUGUUUAACAUACCUGUUUAGCAUAUUAUCUGAAGCAUUGGAUGCAGUUAUUCAUUAUAUUUUAUAAAUUCAAAGUGAAGUUCAUGAUUGAUAUUAUGAUCAGAUGGUAAACACUGAAAUUAUGAACGGAUGGUAAACACUAAAAUUAUGAACAGAUGGUAAACACUGAAAUUAUGAUCAGAUGGUAAACACUGAAAUUAUGAACGGAUGGUAAACACCAAAAUAAAUGACGGAUGUAACCAUUCAUGAAAUACUAGUAAUAGUUUAUUAUAUAAUUAAAGGUUCUGUCUGUUCUAAUGAAAAUUAUUAUCAUUUUAAUAGAUGUACAUACCCCAGUCUUGAAUCAACACUUAGCACAGUUACAUUUUACAUUUAAUAUCAAUUUAUUUUUCAUGAUAUUGUAAAACUAAAACUUACUAGUAAAGAUAUUGUUUAAGGUUGAAACACACCUGAGCUAUUUGUUGAGAACAGUGGAAUAAUGGUUAGUGGUUAGUGAUAAUGAGAUCACUGAGCUGUUUAAACCCUUAUUGGGAUGCCAACUAAAGUCCAUGUUUUUUAAACUAUCUUAGCACUGCGAAAUCAUAAAACCACUGGGGACUUUGACGUGUGUUGUACAUGUAGUUGCGUCAUAGUAUCCAGCGGUUUUACAAUAUCGUAGUGCUAAGAUAACUUUGAAAAUAUAAGGCUGAUGGGUUAAUGACUAUACCACCAGCGUUGAGCUGACCAAAGUGACUGGACGGCUAUUUGAGUUACCAAUAUGAUUUUAAGUUUCUUAUUUUAAAAAUAAAUUGACUAAAUUUUACAUUGAACAAAAACAAAAUGAAAGUUUUUAUUAUUAUUAUUAUUAUUAUGAUUGCUGGUUAAACAAAUUAAAUUAUACGCAUCUGAUGCUACAUGUAUGUGUGUACAUGUAGUAUCAAAACAAAACAAAAAAGACUGGAAAGGGGGGCGGGGGGGUCUGUAACUUAAAGCAAAUCCCAUUGCAUUAUUCUCUCCUUUGAAAACUUGACAAUCAUUUGCAGUUAUAUAUAAUCUACUUAGGUGAGGUUAUUUUUAGUUACAUGUGAACAUACCCUAUUUACCAGCCAUUGAGCCAUGUUAUGUGUGUGAUCAGUUAGGUGAAAAGCUUACUAGUAAAGAUAUAUUUACUUUUUUCUUAAAGAUAACAUUCUAAAGUGUGAUUGUCACAGUAUGUAUGUAAGUUUACUAUGUGACUAUAUUCAAGGUAAUAAUUUCCAAUUUUAAAAAUAAAUGAUAUUCUACUCAAUAUUUCCAUAUUUCUAAGACAGGAUCUUUAAUUAUUAGUUAGUAUUUCUUUGAUGUGUAGUGUGUGCCCGGUAAUCAGAAAUCCAAACUAGCAGGAAAUUAAAUAUAUCUGCUUAUUUGUACCUAUACAAUAUAUUUACUACUUUAACUGACCGUCAAUCAACAGUAUUCCUUUGAUCUACAGAAAGCCAAAUACACAAUCAUCUGUUUAUAUCACUGUCAUAUUACAUGUAGAUCUAGGUUGUUUGUUACGCUGUUAUUUUUAUCACUUUAAUUCCUUUAACAUUUAGUGCUUUUGGACAAUCUGCAUGCAGUUUUACCCAUUUUUAAUUUUAUUUUAGCAUAUAAUAGAAUUAGUGGGAUAAAAUUUUAAAUUGUAAUUUUGUAAUUGUUAAUUUGACGUAAUUAUUUGUUUAUUAAAAGACAUAUAUGAUUCUGAAUAGUCUGAUCAGUAACAUAUUUUAAAACCAGGGCCAUAGCUAGGGGUUUUUUUUUGGGGGGGGGGUAAAUACUCAUUCUUUUUCUGCAAUCCCGGCCAUGUCAGAUGGGUAGUCCAGUAUUGUGGACAAAGUCCACCGUCUGCCUUAGUGAUGUCGCCGGUCCCCACAGCUUCAGUAAAUACAAAUACUGGUUAUUGAUAUUGACGUUUUAAUUAUGUAACCUCCCUGAAAUGGCUUCAAAAUGGUAUUCAGAGCUUUUAGAUUUCAAAUUCUCCUGUGGGGCAUACCCCCGGACCCCUAGUGUCUUGCACUCUCCAUGCUCGUUCGUUCCAAACAUUUAUCUGCUCCCAUACCCCCGGACCCCUAGUGUCUUGCACUCUCCAUGCUCGUUCGUUCCAAACAUUUAUCUGCUCCCAUACCCCCGGACCCCUAGU